AUGCCCUCUGUGACGAUAUCGACAUCACAAAUAAGAUCAUUGCUUGAUUCUGACCAAAAGCAGGUUGGUGUAACCACCCCGAUGGGCAAUAUGAUGCUCGAGAUCCAAGGUGAUCUUGAGAUACCAUCAACCGCUCAGGAGGACGACGACAGGUUCUCGAAAUCCGAAGGUUCGGAUAUCGUUAAGUUUGGUCUUUUGCAUAUUAACUCUGAGAACAAGAUAGCGACACUUUUCAUCGGUAAGAAACAGCGAUUGCUGGGUUUUGUGGUUAAACUGGAUACGCCGUUAGGACUGCUUAAAUUUAAUCAUGAUUCGAGGACAGUUGAGAUGCAGGAUGUCUUUAGUUAUAAAAUUAUAUUCAAAAACAGGCCUUUGCCGAUUAUGUAG